AGUCCAUGAACAAUCACGUCUGAAAAGAAAAAAAUGGCCAUUAUGCAGAAUGCGCCAGCAAGAUUGUUAAUAACCAAGGAAGGAUUCCGCGCAGUUCUCCAAUUAAAAGGGGAUAGCUUCCAGGCAACGAUCUUAAAUUCGUCCGUCCCUCGUUGUUACCAGCUGCUGCAUGUUCCAGUUGUGUUCGAUCAUUCUUGUACCAUACGUGAUUUGACUGAACGAGACUCACGAUGGCAGCGUUCACAUGUUCAAGUCUUAUCCAUCGACAAUUCACAAAUUCUGUUCAUUGGAAAAAUCGGCCUCCACGGUGGUGGACACAGUUGUUCCAAAUGUCCCACAUACUACUGCGAUCGGUGUCUCUAUUCGUGUCCAAACGGUACAUGUUACGAUUACUGUAGCCACCGGUUGAACCACAAUUGUGCCUCCCGCCAAGCUGCCCAACGACGCGAGCAGGAAGAGCGUGAAGAACGUAGACGGCGAGCACAACAGGAACGGGACCGCCAGGAGCGCAUACGACAGGAGCAGGAAGAACAGCAAAGGCUACAACGUGAGAGAGAAGCACUCGAACGACAGCGGCAGGAACAGGACAGACUUGAGCGAGAGCACCAGGAACGGGAGCAGCGCGAACGGGAACGGCAGGAACGAUUACGGGAACAACGGGAACAAGAGGAACGAGAAAGAGAACGCUUGAAGCGGGAGCAGGAAGAAAGGGAACGUCAGGAACAGGUCAGAUUGCAGCGAGAGCGUGAAGAACGUGAGCGUCAGCAACGAAUACAAGAGGAAGAAGAAAAGCAACAGCGCUUGAAGCGGGAACGAGAAGAAAAAGAGCGUCACGAACAGCUUAGACUGCAAAGAGAACAAGAAGAACGGACGAGACAACAGCGUUUGCAGCGAGAGCGUGAACGUCUGGAACAAGAGGAACGAAAAAGACAAGAGCGUUUGAAGCGGGAGCAGGAAGAAAGGGAACGUCAGGAACAGGUCAGAUUGCAGCGAGAGCGUGAAGAACGUGAGCGUCAGCAACGAAUACAAGAGGAAGAAGAAAAGCAACAGCGCUUGAAGCGGGAACGAGAAGUAAAAGAGCGUCACGAACAGCUUAGACUGCAAAGAGAACAAGAAGAACGGACGAGACAACAGCGUUUGCAGCGAGAGCGUGAACGUCUGGAACAAGAGGAACGAAAAAGACAAGAGCGCUUGAAGCGGGAGCAGGAAGAAAGGGAACGUCAGGAACAGGUCAGAUUGCAGCGAGAGCGCGAAGAACGUGAGCGUCAGCAACGAAUACAAGAGGAAGAAGAAAAGCAACAGCGCUUGAAGCGGGAACGAGAAGUAAAAGAGCGUCACGAACAGCUUAGACUGCAAAGAGAACAAGAAGAACAGACGAGACAACAGCGUUUGCAGCGAGAGCGUGAACGUCUGGAACAAGAGGAACGAAAAAGACAAGAGCGCUUGAAGCGGGAGCAGGAAGAAAGGGAACGUCAGGAACAGGUCAGAUUGCAGCGAGAGCGUGAAGAACGUGAGCGUCAGCAACGAAUACAAGAGGAAGAAGAAAAGCAACAUCGCUUGAAGCGGGAACGAGAAGUAAAAGAGCGUCACGAACAGCUUAGACUGCAAAGAGAACAAGAAGAACGGACGAGACAACAGCGUUUGCAGCGAGAGCGUGAACAUCAGGAACAGCUACGCAUUGCACGAGAAAAAGAGGAGAAAGAAGUAAUCAAGUCCAAGCUUCAGGAGGCCUUGGAACAAACAAGUGCUAUACGGGAUGACGAAAUCGGUUACGUUAGCGAAGAGGAGGCUGAAGAGCCAUGCAAUGAGGUAAAUAAUAAUGAAACACACUCCAUUCAACAAGAAGGUCCCAUUAACACUACGGAGACAGAUUAUGGGAAUCUGUUACCCGAGGCCAAAGUGAUUGAUUUGCGGUUAUUAUUCGAAGCAUUGGAUACAUCGUCACUGAAUUUAAUCGAUGACUCCUACAGUGACCGCGCAAUCUCGGAGUCCUGGUACAAACAGAUUGAAAUAGUUCAAGCAAAUUCUUCUAAGCUAAUCGAGGCACUAUUGAUAAGAUUGCAAAAUAACAUGUCGGAAAACUUUGGGCGCUUAAUCAAACGAGCGGUAGACAUGGAAAAUAAUCGCAAGGAUGGUGCCGAAAUUUUCCAUGAAGAAAUGAAGAAAUCUGAAAAGCAACUGGAACGUCUAGCAAGACAAAAUCAUCACAAACAAUUGCGAAAAGAAUCCAGACAUCAACGUAUUUCACAAUCCGUUGAGAAUAAAGCAUUUUUGCAACUGUCGAGAGCCGUAAGAAGAAAUUUAAACAAAGUGGACGUUGUACUUCAGCAGCAACUAUUGGAGUACGUUCAUCGAGGAGGUAAACUACAGACUCGAGUUGUGAAACGCUAUCCGGUGAUAAGAUGGAUUGAGCAAAGCUUAAUAUUCGAACUCAUUGUGUACCCAGAGGGAAUCGUGGAUGAGGUUUUACUUGAAGUCUUCAAAAAUUAUUGGUUAGAUGUGAGGGAGUCAUUUGAGUGGCAAAAUCGCCAGAAACUCUUGUACUCACUUCGAACGAAGCAGUUGACUCAUGGAUUAACUCUGCUACAUAUCAAUGAUAUUUUGGACAUGGUUCUUGGUUUGAAAUCCGAAGGACUGAACAUAAUCUGUGAAGAGCAGAUCUUUUGGUAUCGCAACCUGAAACGUUGCUGGAUCAGACGAAGACUGGUGCGUUGGACUUGUGAUGAAGAAACUUUUGACGCAUUGGUUGAACUGCUCGUGAACAUGCCAUGGAACAGUUUGAUGACUCAACAGUUUCUGAAUGCCAUUUUCAAAGAACAAAACCAAACAGCAGUUUGCGACUUGCUUAAUAAAGUCAAAAAUGAAAAUGUUGUUCAUCCAGUAGUGAUGAACAUCAUCAACCAGAUUCAGAACGAAGAAGAUUGUGCAACGGCUUGGAUUCAGGAACUCAGGUACCAAAUUUUGGUUCAAAAAAUUUACGAACUGUCUCCCCAGGUCGCCCGUGAUGUAGAUGCAAAGCUAGGACAUCUUUUGAAAAAAGAAAAAGCUGAUAGAAUUCAAAAUUUUAUUGACAGAAACAAGAACCUUUUGGAACCAAAUAUGUCAAAGUUUGCAACAAUCUUAGAGCAUAUCCUGACAUAUCAAACCUUACCAGAUAUUUGGGAUCAUGUUUUCACUGCUAUUAAGCAAGAAAAGAAUCCCGAAAAAUGGAUUGGCCAAAUUGAUAAGAUUAUAAUUUCUUCCAUUUUCGGUAAAAGCUAUGAAUACAGCGUAGAUGAGUUAAUCGAGCAAACUAAUAAAAAUUAUUUGAAAAACAAGUUCAACUUAGUCCAACUGGCGUAUUCUAGAGCUGCGCUUUCGUUCAAUUCUUCGCAGUUUACUAAAUUCGACAGUGUAUGCACCAACAGUGAAGCACUUCAAAAACUCACCCGAAAACCCAUUUCGGAGUGGAAGGAAAAGGAAAUACGGCAUUGGGCACGUUUUGUCAAAUUCAGUCCGAAUCAGGUAUCGCUGGUAGAGAAGAUAGCAGUCGUCAGCCGUGCCGUUGAACUUUGCCACAAGUUCUUCCCAAGAGCAACACAGAUUCUGUCGUUGUUGAUGUUGGCGAACCCAGAUGAAGGUCAAGGUCGUCUUGCUCAGAUCAACACCGGUGAAGGUAAGUCCAUUAUUGUCGCAAUGCUGGCUGUGAUACACGCGUUGAAGGGUGUGAAUGUCGAUAUUGUUACAACGUCUACGGAGUUGUCGAUUCCUGAAGUGGAAAAGCAACUACCAUUCUUCGCAGCGUUUGGCCUAACGGUGGAUGAAAACAGCACGGAUCAAGUGAAAAAAGUUGUCUAUAGCUGUGAUGUUGUCUACGGAACUGCAUCAGAUUUCCAAGGAGACAUUCUCCGUUCAGAGUACUUGGGGAACGAUUGCCGGGGAAGUCGCAAGUUUCAAGUAAUCAUAGUGGACGAAGUGGACAGUAUGUUGUUUGACAGCCGAAAUCAUAGUGUCCGUUUAGCAGAUGAGAAUCCUGGAAUGACUCAUCUAGAGGUACCGUUGGCCGUCAUUUGGCAGCACAUUCACAACAUCAACAAUCACAUGGUUUCGGUCAAUGGGAAGGUGCAUUUCAUCGCGGAGGACUUUGAAGCAGUUGGGCAGCAGAUCAAACUGUACUCUGGGGAAGACUGGGAGGCUGUAAGUAUCGAAGUGGAUGAUAAGAAGCAGUUUAUAUCGGAACAUACCGAGGAUCAUUUGCGAAAAUUGCUUCGAAAGUUAACGGAUUCUGAACGGGAUGAAUACGAUGCCUAUCAAGAACUGAAUCUACAAAUUCUGGAAAAGGAGGAACAGAUUUCUAUGAAAGACGGAAAUGGUACGGAUGAGUUGAUGGAUGCAUGUGAGAAGAUGCGCAAGAAGCUAAUCGAGCUUCCGUGGAAUUACCGAGAUCCAGUUGUUGAUAUUCCGGAACAUUUAAGGGACUUCGCUUUGAAUCAGAUUUGCAUCUGGGUAAAGAACGCCAUACUGGCUGAAUGGGCUUACAAGCGCGAUGCUCACUAUACUGUAGUGCACGGGAAAAUUGUGCCAGUGAAUUUUAAUGAAACCGGUGAUCUCCAGACCAAUAUGGUGUGGAGCGAUGGCUUGACGCAGUUUUUGCAGAUGAAGGAAGGGUUGAAAAUGGAUCCGGAAGGGAUAUCAACGAAUUUCAUCUCUAACGUUAGCUUCUUCCAGCGAUACGGUUCCAAUAUCUACGGAUUGACGGGAACUCUUGGUGAAGAAUCUACACAGGGCUUCUUGCAAGAAAUGUAUGGCACAGAUAUGGUUGUGAUUCCACCGUAUAAGAGCAUAGACAUCGCCAACAAUGAAAACUCAGGUUACCGAUGCAAGGAACUCGCACCAUUGGUUCUAUCAAAUCUAGGUAGAUGGUUCCAAAGCCUAAUGGAGAACGCAGUGUACCACGCUGAAAAUGGUCGUGGAGUCCUGGUCAUUUGCAAAUACAUCAAUCAGGUUCGGCAUCUUUCCAAUAUGCUGAAGAAUGUGUACGAUUCCAAAAAAAUCUUCAUCUAUACAGGAGAGGAGGCAUGUUUCGAAAAGGACACGAUCAACUCGGGUGAGAUCAUCAUUGCUACCAACAUUGCAGGUCGUGGAACGGAUUUCAAGACGUCGAAAGAUGUUGAAAAGAACGGAGGAAUGUGCGUGUUGGUAGCGUUUCUACCGGAGAGUUUCCGCGUCGAAAUGCAGAACGUUGGUCGUACGGCUCGCGAAGGUAAACGAGGCAUGGCUCAGUUAAUUGUACACGAUGGUAGCAAUACGUCCAUGGAGGUACUAAAGAAGAUCCGACAGGUGCAUGAGACUCAGGUAACGCACACAGCCAUAGAUGAUGCCAAGAAGAUGCUCGUCCAGGACAGUCUCUUCAAUCGGUUUUGCUUGCUGGAAAAUGAACUCCUUCCCAGUAUGGACGAUACGAGGAAAGUGCACGUAAGGGAUUUGCUCGAGGCCUAUUGGGCUGAUUGUUCAGCGUACCAUCUAAAUAUCAGGAAAAUUGCCGAAAAGGCUGCUGAAUGGUCUGAAGCUACACAAAAAGAAUUCGAGCAAGCAGCUUUGAACAGGCUUUCUAAGGAACAGCAUGGCAAAUUGAACGUAAAGGACCUACGAGAGCUACAAGAUAAAGCUGCUGAGCAGGUGGCUAUCGAGUUGCCUGCAUUCCGGAAGCGUUACACCCAGAACGUAUUGAGUCAGUUUUGCUCCAAACUUUCAUCAACAGUACCCUCAGAAAUGCUAAAUGAUUUCAAAAGGGGUGAAAAAUACAAACCAAAAUGUAGCAACCUGGCCUUACGAUACAAGUGGGGUUCAUUCGAGAGAAAAGCAAUUGAAGAAGCCUGGGGCCUUUGGUUGAAAAGCAAACAUUUCGACGAUGCCAAGAUAUCGACUGAAGAAGCCACCACCAUGUUCAGGGGUGAAUUCGAACAAGAUCUUAAUCACCGAGCCAAGAACGAUAAGCUCGUUCAGAAUCCCUUCUUUUACGUGCUCAAAGGGAACGAAGAAUUGGAUGCGAGGAAGCUCGAAGAAGCGGUUAUAUGUUUUGAUCGAGCCAUUCUACUAGAUCCUGUUUUCUCUGUGAAUGCACGGUAUAACAAGGCUCGAGCUCUUCUUUCCGAUCCCGAGAACAGUGGAUACAAGCAACAGGAAGCAUUACGCGAGUUGAAGAAGGCAAGAGAUCUUAUCAAGUCGGUAUACCGUCCAAACCUGUUGACCUUCAAUACCUUGAUUGGACAGCAUGUCUACCUAGAACAAACAUCCCAACACGUGCACCAUCAGUUGGAUGUUCUCAGUCAACAGGAAGAUUUCAUUGCGCAGGCCUGUGAAGUCAUACAGACUGCUCAGAAGAAGAACAACGAUGUGAAGCUCAGGCUGACAAAUUUAUACGACUUAUGGCAAACGACUGAGGCAAACGAAAAGCACGAUAAAGCAAUCCGCGAAGCAUAUGGCAAUGGUCUGAAGAGUUUAUUCACUGUCGAAGAGAAACUUCCGAGGCCAUGGGGUAGCAUCAUAGCGGUUGCACUUAUGGGCAUCGCCCAAAUUGCCGCAGGAUGUCUCAUAGUAAUGUAUACUGGAGGCCCCUUAGGAUCGGGUCUCAUUGCAGAGGGCGUAGCAGAUCUGAUCGUGGCCGCCACAGCUGCCAUCAAAGGAACGUUUAGCUGGGCUGCCUGGGCAACUCAGAAAGUGAUCAGCAUCGCUAUUUCCAUCGUUUGCGCUGGAAUCGCUUCUAUAAAACAGACCAUCAAAUCUGCUAAGGAAGCCGGAACUCUGGGGUUAGGGACAAUCAAACAAGCAGGAAAGGGGGUAUGUAAUACUUUCAAGUCCGGUUUAAAGGACAUUUCGAGAACAUGCUAUGAUGUCGGCAAAAGAAUUGUUGGUCCGAAAGGGGGUGUACAGUUGGCCAUCAAAGAAGUAGGACUCGCGUUGGGGAAAGGAGUCGUAAAGGAAUGUUUGAACGAGGCAGGAAAAUACUGCACUGAUCAGCUGUUCAUGAAAAAUCUUGAAGAUGUUAUCAGUGCCCGUGUGAAUGAUGCUCUCAUAAGAGCACUUUCGGAAAAUACUUUGGUUGUGAAGGCCUUGGAAGAAGAUGAACGUACCGGUUCAAGCUACUGGAAACAGCUGUUCAUAAAAGAAGGUAUGAAGCUAUUGAAAGAUAAAGACAUCAAUCAGUGCAUUGACAUGUUCAAAAAUAUUGCAAAAGGGGUGGCUGUUGGAUCAAUUCCUUAUGCUGACGAUAUCAUGGAUGUCGUUGGAGUGGGAAAAUGUAUGCAUAAACUAAAUACAUACACGGAAAAUUUCAUUACGAAAUUUAACAAGGUGGUGUGCGAUCAGGAGAAGAAAAUCAAUGAAGCGGUAGUUGAUUCGUCUAGUGAACCUUCCAGCCAUAACGCUCAAUCGACUGCCAAAAACAACCAAGCAGAUCGUGAUCAAUUAUCGGCUAAAGAGGUUGGCCAGGCUCCUGAUGUUGACUGCGAUAGUUCAGACAUUAACGUUCAGGAAAUUAGGGAAGAUACAGUCUACAGCUCAAAGGCACCAGCUCAAGCUGCAGUGAAGCUACGAUCAACGUACCGAGAGGGCUCUACUCCGAGAACUCUUGCUAGUGCUUUCAAGGGUACGAUUACGGGAAAACUGACUGCUUCGAUCAAAGAGAAUAUUGUAAAUCCAGCUGUAAGCCGAGUAACUGCAAAGGUGACCAACGGACUGUUCCACAGUAAGAAAGAAUCAGUCUAUAAUAUUUGUAAUGAGAUUAAAACCGAGCGAGAUCUCAGAAGCGAAUCAAAUGCCUUGGCCAAUGCAGCCGACACCCAUGAGUCAGAACCUGAACCUAAAGAACUUGGUCCUGAAUCCAAGCAGAUGAUUGACACCAUCACCAAGGAUGGACAUAUGCAUGACACCACAAGCUUGGCUCUUGUGGCGGGUGUAAUUAUAGCUCCAAUCAGCUUAUAUGACGAAAAGGGCAACUUUAAGUAUAUCCUAGGAAGUAAAUUGCCGGGCAAAAAAAUAGAAAUCAAGCAUUUCACCAAGUCUAUUGAACAUACCAUGGAACACUUUUGUCCGUUGGAUCCCAACAUCCCGGUGACUCCUUCCGGAAAAAAUUCCUGUGCUCUGGAUGCAAUCAUGGCCCAGCUAAGUCCAGCUCAGCGCGAAUCGUUACAAAUCAACAAUGUGUCCGAUCUGCGGGAUAAGAUGGUUGAACAUAUCAAGGCCCACCCAAGGCAGGCAGAGCAAAUGUUUGAAAAACGUGCCCAUUUGGAACGGAUAGCUCCAAAGAGGAUUUUAAAGGGCGGCAAGGAAAAACAGAAAGAAGAAAAACCAACAGUCAGCAGUAGUCAUCCCACGAAAUGUAUUGCCCUCCAGUGGAACAUACGUGGUCUACGUGCCAACAUCAGCGAGCUCAAAUUGCUCAUCAGCCAGCAUGAACCGUCCGUUAUAGCGCUGCAAGAGACGAAAGUGGAUAAUCGUGUGGUCGCGCCAGACUUUGCCGGCAAGAACUACACCCUGCUUCUUCAAACCGGUAGUCGUCGAUACUGGCAGCAAGGAGUGGGCCUUGCCAUCCGUGAAGGGGUUCCAUUCGAGCGCAUCGAUAUCAAUUGUGAUAUUCAAGCCAUUGCAGUUCGCAUCCAUCUUCCGACUCCAAUGACGGUAGUGUCGAUCUACAUAUCUCCGAACUCCCAGCAACAGUGCCAAACAGAACUAAAUGAUUUCUUGGAGCGUCUGCCCCCGCCAAUUUUGGUACUUGGCGACUUCAAUGCGCACCAUCCCGCCUGGGGUUCUACGGCAUCGAAUGCGCUUGGCCGCUACAUCGCUGAAAAGACACUGUCGGAGCAUCUGAUAAUCCUGAAUGACGGAUCACACACGCGGGUGGAUCCAGCAAACGGUUCGUUUUCUGCCAUAGAUCUUUCGAUCUGUUCAGAGGUGCUAGCUCCCAGAUUUAUCUGGCGAACACUUCCGGAUACCCACAGCAGUGACCACUUUCCAAUCACCGUCUCUUCACCUGAAUUCUCACAGAUCGCCACGAAGCGAAGAAGAUGGCUCUACGACCAAGCAGAUUGGACAUUGUUCGAACGACUGACUUCCAGCAGCAUCAAACCGGAUGACGAGAUUGGCGUUGAUGAGUUCGUAGAUCGGAUAUUAUCAGCAGCAACCGCUAGCAUUCCUCGAACAUCAGGACGAGUUGAUUCCAAAUCGGUACCAUGGUGGUGCCCGGAAGUGAAAACGACGAUUAAGCAGCGUCGAAAACUUCUGAGAGCACUGAAGCGCAGCAGAAUAGCAGGAUCAGACACAACGGAUGUUUUGAAGCAGUUCCAGGAAGCGAAGGCAGCGGCUAAGAAGGCAGUGAAGGAAGCAAAGGAACAUUCGUGGGAGGACUUUGUCGGAAAAAUAUCACCUAGCAGCACAACGGCAGAAAUGUGGCGGACGAUGAACACCCUGAGAGGCAAACGACAAUACAGCAAGGCGGUUAUCAAGCGACCCGAUGGCUACACGGAGAAAGUGGAAGAAAUAGCAGAAGAACUGGCCGAGCACUACUGUGAGAGAUCAGCGACCUCAAGCUAUCCCCAACUGUUUCAAACAGCGAAGGAAAGAGCGGAACGGGAUCGCGUGGAUUUUCUUCCGGACAACGACGAGAUAUAUAACGCGGACUUCACCCUGGAUGAGCUUCUGUGGGCACUCGACAAAGGACGUAGUGUCUCUACAGGUCCUGACUCGGUAGGGUAUCCGAUGAUCCGACGUCUGCCUGUAUCCGUCAAAAUCGCGCUGUUGCAGCUUCUAAACAGAAUCUGGCGUAGUGGCGUUUACCCUAUCAGCUGGCGAACCGGAAUAAUAGUGCCGAUUCCGAAGCCAAACUGUUCUGAAUCUGGACCUGCUGCUUUCCGACCUAUCACUUUGACCAACUGCAUCGCAAAGGUGUUCGAACGUAUCGUGAACCGCAGAUUGACGACUGAGUUGGAGUCGAAUGGACGACUGGAUAAGAGGCAGCACGCCUUUAGAGCUGGAAGAGGCGUCGACACAUACUUGGCGGAGUUGGAUAGGUCAUUGCCAAAUCGGGACGAACACUGCUUGAUUGCAUCGCUUGAUUUGUCGAAAGCGUACGACACCACUUGGCGGUACGGUAUCUUGCGUACUCUGCGUAAGUGGCAGAUGGGUGGGCGCAUGUUCAACGUACUGAACAGUUUCCUCACCGACAGAUCUUUCCGGGUGAACGUGGAAGAACAUUUAUCGGAUGAAAUGCCAUUGGAGAACGGAGUCCCCCAAGGAUCAGUGUUGUCUGUCACGUUAUUCCUUAUAGCGAUGCAGCCGAUUUUCAGAGUGGUGCCGCAUACUGUUGCCGUGCUUCUCUAUGCGGACGAUAUUUUGCUGGUGGUACGGAGGAGUAAGGAGCGUCCUCUGUAUAGAGAUCUACAGGCUGCAGUGAAAGCUGUCGACAAAUGGGCGAAAAGCGUCGGCUUCACAAUUUCCGCGACAAAAUCAAAAAUUUUCUACGGCAGUCCCAACGCCCGUCGAGAACCCAGCAACGAUAUAUUCAUCGACCGUACAGCUGUACCGAGGACGAAUCAUCUGAAAGUUGUUGGCGUCAACCUUGACCGGUCGCUGUCCUUCAAACACCAUUGCAAGGUAGUCAAAAACACGUGCGACUCUAGACUGCGGAUCUUGAAGAUGAUAGGGGCUAAACUUCCGCGAGGGCAACGCGAUUCUCUGUUGGGUAUCGGAUCAGCAAUCGUCACGUCGCGACUUAUCUACGGUAUCGGGCUCGUCAGUAGAGCGAAGGAUUCGGUGGUGCAGACUCUUGCACCCAUCUACAACCGGAUGGUCCGGUUCGCCUCAGGGGCGUACGUCACCAGUCCGAUUCCAGCGAUUAUGGCUGAAGCAGGCACUUUGCCAUUCGAUUUAAUGAUUAUGCAAGCCAUAAUUCGUGCUGCAAUUCGUUUGAUGGAGAAGGAUUCCAGGAAUAUCGAUCUUCCAGUUGUGGAACGAGCGUCCGAUCGCCUGGCGACGAUUGAUGUAGAGCUUCCAAACAUCGCUGUUCGAACACGUCUAGCCAACAGAGAGUGGUAUGAACCCAAGCCGCAUAUUGUUUGGGAUGUGAAACGGAAGGUGAAAGCUGGGGACCCCCCGAAUACAGUGCGUCCCAUCGUGCAGGAGUUGCUGGCUAACCGGUUUAGCCGUGGUUUGGCUAUUUAUACGGAUGGUUCUAAAUGCGAGAACAUAGUUGGAGCAGGUGUAUUUAGUAGCAGCAUUCAGCAAGCAAUAGGUCUUCCGUCACAAUGUAGCGUUUUUUCGGCGGAGGCCUUUGCAAUCAAGUCGGCCGUCAUCGCUGCAAGAGCAUCAACCGAAUGUGUUAUAAUUCUGUCUGAUUCGGCCAGCUGUCUUUCGGCCAUAGAGAGUGGUAGAUCGCAGCAUCCGUGGAUCCAGGAAAUCGAGCGCUUACUACGUGGACGGCCGAUCCACCUUUGUUGGAUCCCUGGUCAUGCUGGAAUUCGCGGUAACGAAGAAGCAGACCGUCUAGCCAGUGAAGCACGAAACAGUCCACCAAUCAACGUUGCCGUACCAAUAAUUGAUUCCAUCAAGAACAUGAACCAAGUCUUUCGUCAGCUAUGGGAAGCACGUUGGGCACAAUUGACAGAUGUGAAGCUGAAGGAGGUCAAAAGGGAAACGAAGAAGUGGAUCGAUCAGUACAGCUCUGCCGAUCAACGCAUACUCACUCGUCUGCGCAUUGGUCAUACUAGGGUUACGCAUGAAUUUUUGCUGAAGAAAACAGCUCCGCCAGCAUGUGAAUGCUGUGGGACCGUUGUUGACGUUCGUCACAUUAUUCUGCACUGCAGAAAAUUUGAAGCGGCCAGGACGAAAUACGGAAUCGAUUCCACAAGCCUUUUUACGGCGUUACGCAACGACGAUGAUUAUGAGAAGCGGUUGCUGAAGUUUCUGCAUGAAACCAAACUUUAUCGGAAGCUUUGA